AUGCCUGCUAUCUCCUUACCCUCAGUCCCGCAUUGGACACCAGCGCCUCCCACUAACGCUGAUCUCGAAUGGGCUGAGUUGGAAACAAUCGAUCUGGCGAAAGCGAGAUCACCUGAAGGAAGGGCCGAGUGGGCCAUCAAAGUUCGGGAUGCUAUGCACAAGCAGGGUUUUCUCUAUGUCGUGAACCAUGGGUUGGAGAAACAACAAGCUGAACGUAUCUUCGAUAUCGCUGCCGUACCAUUCCUUCAGGUCCAACCAGAGGAAAAGAAAUUGUAUGAGGCGAAAAUCAAAGAGACAGGCACGUUCAUGGGAUACAAGCCACUUCAGUACUGGGUCAGUAUACUUUUAAUGUGGGUAUCUCAUGAUACAUGA